AUGUGGAAAGGACUGCGUUGCACUUUACUGUGCCUGGCUGUGGUCCAGGCGGCUGUUAUCCGUCCAGGAGGGGAUUCGGAGGUUCCGGAAACCACAACUAGUGCGGUUAUCCUGGAUCAAGAGGUUGAUGUCACCACUGAGGAGUUCACAACUUUGGCGGGUCCUGCUUUGAGUCGCGACGAGGAGGCCAGCAUACUGAUAGAUCCUGCCCCGGGCACUUUACAUGAGGAUAGCGCCAUGGUGCCAGAGAAGUCCGGGAAGCUCCUGCUGCUGAGUACAACACCCAAGCGACUCCACGAAAUUGAGCGCCAACUGGAGGAGCAGGACGACGAGGGGAAGGACAACAAGGCCGAUGUGGAGGUAACUACAACUGAGCAGCCAAGGGAAGCCGCCGAGCAGAAGGAGGAGGAGGCGGAGGAGGAGGAGGUCAUCACCCCUGAAAGUUCAACCACAGAGAGCAGCAUAACUGCGGACUCUACCAAGCUGUUUGCAAUCAAUGCCACUCCGGCCGGAGUGGAAUCCCCACCACCGAACCUGGCCAUAUCCCUCUCCCAGGACAAUGAAAAUGCAACGCUUUCCAUUGCAGAGCAGCCGCAGGUGCCCGGCGACAAUAAUGCCGCCGUGGAGCUGGCCAUCGUGGAGCCGGAGGCCGAGUACGUGCUGGUGGAUGGCGGCCCCGAUGACCUGGACCUCCAGCUGGCCAGCUUCACGCACAUCGACAGCGAUGUCCACUUGCAGCCAGUUGUGCACUCCAUCGAAAUCGUGCCCACAAGCUUCGAUGAUCCUUUGAUUGUCAAUUACGUGCACAAUUUGCGCUGA